AUGGUGUGGGGAGGCGUGGUGCGGUGCGGGGAGUCGCGCGGUGGGAUCUGCAUCGCCCAGUCUCUGAGAAUCCCCCACAACCCAAAGCCGGAGGAUUAUGACAAAGGCGUCCAACAGUUACUGGAGUCUCCACACGCUCGAGCCGUCAUCAUCUUUGCAAGUGACGAGGACAUACGGGGGAUUCUUAACGCGACCAAGCGAGCCAAUCAGGUGGGACACUUCCUGUGGAUUGGCUCUGACAGCUGGGGAGCUAAGAGCGGCCCCAUCCACCAGCUCGAGGACGUCGCUACGGGAGCCAUCACCAUCCUGCCCAAGCGCACUUCCAUUAGAGGUUUCGAUGAAUACUUUACUGGCCUGACCCUUGCUACCAACAGGAGAAACGUGUGGUUUGCUGAGUAUUGGGAGGAAAACUUUGACUGUCGACUCCUGAGUACGUCCAAGAAAGAGGAUACAAGUCGUAAAUGCACAGGUCAGGAGAGGAUUGGAAUCGACUCGAAGUACGAGCAGGAGGGGAAGGUGCAGUUUGUGAUUGACGCGGUGUACGCCAUGGCCCACGCGCUGCACGACAUGCACCGCGACCUGUGCACCGACCACCCCACGGUCUGCCCGCUCAUGGAGGCGGCAGAGGGCAAGACGCUUCUCAAGUACAUCCGCAACGCCAGCUUCAACGGUGAGUGA